GCAGCCCGCAGGUCAUGCCUGGCUGUCACCGGUCCCCCCCCAGCCCCUGGGGACACCCAGCAACUGCUGCUGAAGCUGUGACAGCCAUUCAGCUGCUCUUGCAGGUGCAUUUGGUGCUCCACGCAGCCAGCGAGGGUCUGUGCGGAGGCUCAGAGCAAAGCGUCCCGCCGUUCUCGGCCGCCGGCGCUGGGGACACUGGAGCCAGGACUCUGCACAGCACGUCGGAUGCCGCCGUGGGAGGACAAAGCGAUUAUCAACGCCGCCGAGACCAGAACAUGUGUUUUUUCCUACUGCAUUAAACAUUUUGAAUGUAUGCUAAAAAUGUUAAUACGUUAUUGAAGGGACUGGAAUUUUUCCUUCAGGUGCGAUGCCUUUAGGCCAUUUGUGCUUCACACACGAUUGCAGCUUUGCCCUGGAGUCAGAGCUGCAGCAAGGCUGGGGCAAGAAGGACAUCUGUCCUCCAAGGAAGACCCUGAAUGGGUGCAAACACGCCAGGACCCCAGCGGCUGCUGUGGGCACCUGGGAAAGCAGCCAGGAGAUGUGCAGCGAGCAGGAGGUGACAGCAGCAACGGGAAGGAACCCCAGAAGGAGGCGGAGAGGGCACCGAAGAGGGCCAGGAAUAAAACCUCUGGAAAUAGAAAGGGACGGUGGAGGAAAGGUGCUGGAUUUUGCCCCCUCUCUGGCGGCAUACCAGCGUGAUUUCGCUGAUGGCCUGACCCUCACCAAAGCUGCACAGACCCAGUGCCGCAGUCCAAAGCAGCAAGGAGGUUCUCCGGGAGGUCGGGGAUGUCCCCAGGCAGCGUCUCGGGGGACAGAGUGCGUUCAGGGUGUCAGAGCUGAUGAAAAAAAUUCCACGUGCAAGGAGAUAGAUCCAUAUGGCUUAGCAGAAAGGAAGGAUUUUGGCGGGGAUCACUGGGCUGAGCCGAUCGUUCUGGAACCACGCUGUGUGCCGCAGAGCUCAUCGACUUGGCUGGGAGUCACAGGUUUGGAGAAGGGCCCCGGCACCCCGACACCCAGCAAAAGCAGAGCAUCCCGUGCUCAGCCUCAGCACCAGCGCUGCCCUUGCACCCCCGGAUGGGGGCUGCUGCAGGGAUGUCCCCCGGCGGGACUGCUGCGUGUGCGAGGGUGCCUUGAAACGUGCGUCGAGCCGCUGCGACUGUGGCAGAUGAUCAGCUCUAAGUACCCGCUGUGGCGUUCCUGCGUGAAGGAUGUGACAGCAGCCAGUGCCAGGAGGGACCUUCCCAAGGCAGCGAGCGUUGAAGGGAUGGGCACGGCACGGGGACCUGGAAUUCACCAUCGUCCUGGGCAGAGCUGCCACCGUUAUCGGCAGCUAAAGUUACCGGAGGGCUCCAAGGCUGUGAAUGUGAGGGAGGCACGGUCAAGGAGAAAUUUUAUUCACUGUGUUAUGUUUUGUCUGUUUGCACGGGAAGGGUAGCUAUCUCUGUUUCUUCCCUCUCUUGUCGUCACAUAACAUGAUACAGAGUCAGAAUGGAUUUUUUUGUGUACCACGUGCAUUAAAAAAAAAAUAUUCUUUCCCAGUA